GUUCGAUUCAAAGGUUGACUCUGUUUCCAUGUGAUUUAGGAAGGCAGCAUGGCGGCAGGAUUUAAAACAGUUGAACCCUUGGACUAUCACAGAAAAUUUCUGAAAGAGAACUGUAGGCCUGAUGGAAGAGAGUUGGGUGAAUUUCGAACAACCACAUUGAAUAUUGGUUCUAUUACUACCGCAGAUGGCUCAGCACUAGUAAAGCUUGGUAAUACAACCAUUAUUUGUGGCAUAAAAGGAGAGCUUGCAGUCCCACCAGCAGAUGCACCAGACAAAGGUUACAUUGUGCCCAAUGUUGAUCUACCCCCACUUUGUUCAUCACGGUUUCGGCCUGGACCCCCAGGAGAGCAAGCACAAGCUGCUAGUCAAUUUAUAGCAGAUGUUAUUGAGAAUUCAGAAAUGCUACAAAGAGAAGAUCUUUGUAUUGAAAAAGGAAAGCUUUCCUGGGUCCUUUACUGUGACAUUAUUUGCCUUGAUUAUGAUGGAAAUAUUUUGGAUGCUUGCAUAAUAGCUUUACUAGCAUCUAUCAAAAAUGUGCAGCUGCCAGAGGUACACAUAAAUGAACAGACAGGCCUUGCAGAAGUUAACAUGAAAAAGAAGAGACAUUUAAAUAUUGUAAAGCAUCCAGUUGCUGCUUCUUUUGCAGUAUUUGACAACUCAAUUCUUAUAGUCGAUCCUACUUCAGAUGAAGAAAACUUGUCAACUGGGUUUAUUACAGUGGUAAUUGAUGAAGAGGAGAAACUUUGUACUGUACACAAACCAGGAGGAACUCCACUAUCGAACGAAAAACUUCAAGACUGCAUAAACCGAGCAAUUACCAGAAACAAAGAAGUCUGCAAACUCCUGAACAAAGUGAUGAAGAGUAUGAAAGCAAAAUGAAGCAAACCGUUUUUUUCUGUAAAAAUGUAUAUUUACUAAUCAGUAUUUUUUUCUGUAAAAUAAAGAGCACAAAAUAUC